GUUGCGUUUGAAAUCGAAUAAUUGAUGAGCGCGUUAUUUUGACCAAUAUGGAUUUGUUAUCGUUUACCUUUUUAUUUGUGGUUACUUCCAUAACACUAAUCUAUAUUAUUGCCAAAUGGAAAUACACAUAUUGGAAAAAACGCGGAGUGGUAUACAUGGAGCCUUCUUUUCCGUUGGGCAACUUACCCUUAAAAAUGACCUCGUUCCCCGACUUUAUGAGGGAUGCUUAUAAAUAUAAAGAAAAGUCUCCGUUCGUUGGAGUGUACUUCAUUGCGAAGCCAGUUGUUUUACUGAUACAGCUUGAUCUUAUUCAGAAUAUUUUGGUGAAAGACUUUAGCAGUUUUCAUGACCGCGGAAUGUAUGUGAAUGAAGACUUUGAUCCCUUGUCGGCGAGUCUGUUCAAUUUGGAUGGUGAAAAGUGGAAAUUUGUACGUUCAAAAUUAUCUCCCACAUUCACUUCUGGAAAAAUGAAGUAUAUGUUCUCGACUGUCGUAGGGGUAGCUGAGAGAUUUGCUAAUACUAUGAGCGAUAUUGUUAGGACUGAAUCUGAAACACAACUGAAAGAUUUGCUGGGAAGAUACACCACUGAUGUCAUCGGAACUUACGCAUUCGGAAUUGAGUGUGAUAGUUUGAAGGAUCCUAAUUUCAUAUUCCGUCACUAUGGAAGAAAAGUUGCCGAAGAGCCGAACCUUAAUCCUAUUGUGCAUUUCUUAGUAACCAUAUACCCCAAUUUGGCGCGAAAAUUAAAGAUACGCACUAUAGGGAAAGAUGUGACUGAAUUUUUCAUCGAAACGGUGCGGAAAACUAUUCAAUAUCGCGAGGAAAAUAACGUGCAACGCAAUGAUUUUAUGGAUUUAUUAAUUCAAAUAAACAAAGAUGUGGAAAAAAAUGUUGGACAAUCUGAAACUUCAAGAAGGCUGACUUUGGAAGAAAUGGCUGCACAAGCUUUCCUGUUUUUUGUCGCUGGCUUUGAAACAUCUUCGACUACAAUGAUAUUUUGUUUGUAUGAACUAGCUCUGAAUCAAGAUAUUCAGGAGAGGAGUCGACAGGAAAUCAAUGAUGUUCUGAAGAAACACAAUAACAAAUUGACUUAUGAGGCAAUGCAAGAAAUGACCUACUUAGAAAUGAUAAUAAAGGAAACGCUUCGAAAAUAUCCGCCAAUUCUAGGUUUGAUCAGAAAAGCUGUCCGUGAUUAUCCGGUACCAAAUUCGAAUUUGAUAAUUGAGAAGGGAAAGGAAGUUUUCGUUCCAUCGUAUACAAUUCAACAUGAUCCUGAAAUAUAUCCAAAUCCAGAUGUAUUUGAUCCAGAACGAUUCACGCCGAAGGAAGAGAAAAAACGGCAUCCAAUGUCAUUUUUAGCCUUUGGGGAGGGUCCUAGAAACUGUGUGGGAUUCCGCUUCGGAAAGAUGCAAACUCGAAUCGGUUUAAUAGAAUUACUGAAAAAUUUUCAGUUUUCUCCUUGCCCUAAAACUCCCAUUCCCAUGGUUUUUGAUCCUUAUAAAGGGAUAUUAUCUCCAAAGGGUGGUUUGUUUUUAGAAGUUAAGAGAAUUUGACACUAAUUCAUUGUCAAUUGAGUCGGCAAACAUACUCGAGAUAAGGCAAACAUUUUUAUGAUCAUACCGUUGCAAUGUAUUUCACCAUUCAUAAGAAAGUUAGAUCAUACCAAUUACAACUAUUGAACUGUGGUAUUGAUUAAGAUAUCAAGGCUUAUCAAAUAUAUAUAAA